GAUCAUUCAGGGAGAAAUACUUUAUAUUUUUAAAUGGCUAAUUUCAGGGUUUACACUACAGUGACUACACGGUUUUUCUUUUCUUCUCUCUUCUGCAAAAUUUUCCACCUAAGAGCGAGAAAGAAAAAUCUGUGAAAGACAACAACAAGGGAAGGAUUUCAAUAGUUACAGUUACAACAAUAACAACAACUUGCAACUGGCCUACACCAUAUUUUUGUUCAGAAUUUAAUAUAUGGUAUCUAGCCUGUGGUGUGGCCAUAACAACAGAGAGAACACACUUUAAUUUAAGGUUGAGAUGAGGAAGUGUGAACUCUGUAACAGUCCCGCAAAGUUGUUCUGUGAAUCAGAUCAAGCCAGCCUCUGUUGGGAAUGCGAUGCUAAGGUUCACAGUGCAAACUUCCUCGUCACCAAACAUCCCAGGAUUCUUCUCUGCCAUGUUUGUCAAUCACUAACGGCCUGGCACGGCACGGGACCCAAGUUUGUACCCACCAUGUCCGUUUGCAACACUUGUGUCAACAACAAUAGUGAGACCUGCAGCCAACAGAAUCAUGUUGAGGACCACGACGACAAUCAUGAUGAUGGCACGGGAGAGGAUCAUGUAGAAAACCAUGAUGGUGGUGUGUCUGAAGAUGAUGAAGAAAAUCAAGUUGUUCCAUGGACAUCUACACCACCACCCCCAGCUUCCACUUCUUCAAAUAGUGUUACAACUAGUUCUACCAGGUUCUCUAAUGUUGAAGAAGGUGGCUCCGAUUAAUGCUUCCAAUAUCGUGAUCGAUAAAAACUUAGAUACAGUUUUUUAGGUGUUUUUUGUGCUGUUUUCUAAUCAGAAUUAGAGUUUUAUCUCGAUAAUCUAAUCAAGAUUUAUCGAUAUAAAACUCUAAUUCCGACUAAAGAACAGUGUAAACAACACAUGUGGAACAAUAUCCAAGUUCUAUUUUGUCCUGGUUUCUUCCUCUGUUCUUUUUUCUUUCCCUUUCUAAUCUUGAGGAUUUUUUACUUGUCACGUCUGUUCAUAAAGUUACUAAGAUAUUCGAUCAACUGCAAGGUUUUUUUUU